GUGGGGGGACCCCGCCGGCGGGAGCGGUGCGAGCCGCGCCUCGGCACUCCUUUUAUACAUAUAUUUUUUUUAAUUUAUUUGAAAAAAAAAAAAAAAUCUCUUUGUUCUCCCCCGCCGUCCCGAAGUUGGAUGUCUUCUCAGCCCGCCAGGGAGGGGAGGAGGAGGAGGAGGAGGAAGCUGGCGGGGAGGGCGAACCCACCGCAUCCACCCCGCGGAGGACACCCACUGUCAGAAGAAACAACAGUAACUGCCCUUUGGUAGAAGGGCUGUCCAUUUGCUCUGAAGAAAGAGACCAUGCUCAAGCAUCUUCUUAAGAUACCUUCCAUUCUAAGCCUCAAAAAAGAUCAUCUAACAUAAUCCUGGGUUUAAAUAACAGAGGUGAAUUCGAGGUGAUUGUUUGCUUGGGUCUGCUGCCCUGGAGUUAGGUUGCAGAGCUGACCACUGGAAAGGCACAGUGCAGGAAAAUACUCCUGCGCGGCAAUACAGUAUUUCACACACGCCUAACCAUCUAAGUAGUAUCUUAGCUGAGUGAAGAUCGCAAGACUCCUGAGAUGAUUUGACCUGUGAUGGAGAGAUGCUUCUGGAGAACCACUGGAGGAUGUCAGCGCAGGGCACCUGGCGUCUCUGCCCUCACUGAUUCAUGUCAAAGGCUGAGAUGAACCACACUUGGACAUACAACCUGAGCUUUGGUGCACCUACAGAUCUUGUUGAGCCAAGGGCUGGACUCUCACGAAAUGGGCACACAGUAGUGGCUGUUUUUCUUGGAUUUAUCUUGUUUUUUGGUUUCUUGAAUAACUUGAUUGUCCUCAUUCUCUUCUGCAAGUUUAGAACCCUCCGCAACCCAGUCAACAUGAUCCUCCUGAACAUCAGUAUCAGCGACAUGUUAGUGUGCAUCUCAGGCACUACCCUCAGUUUUGCAUCUAACAUCCGUGGCAAAUGGAUUGGAGGGGAGCAUGGUUGUAGGUGGUAUGGUUUUGUCAACUCCUGCUUUGGCAUUGUGUCCCUGAUCUCCCUGGCUGUCCUAUCCUAUGAACGCUACAGCACUCUCACCCUAUGCAACAAGCGCAGCGCUGACUACCGGAAGGCACUGCUGGCAGUUGGCGGUUCAUGGAUCUAUUCCCUGGUCUGGACUGUGCCACCUCUGAUCGGCUGGAGCAGUUAUGGGGUAGAAGGUGCGGGUACAAGCUGUUCAGUACGCUGGUCCUCGGAGUCAGCUGAGUCCACAUCCUAUAUCAUCUGCCUCUUCAUAUUCUGCUUGGUCAUCCCUGUGAUGGUCAUGAUGUACUGCUACAGUCGCCUCCUUUACGCUGUUAAACAGGUUGGAAAAAUCCACAAGACCGCUGCCCGCAAAAGAGAAUACCACGUACUGUUCAUGGUGAUCACUACAGUUAUCUGUUAUCUCGUGUGUUGGAUUCCCUAUGGAGUUAUAGCAUUACUUGCAACAUUUGGUAAGCCAGGUGUGGUGACUCCGGUUGCAAGCAUCAUACCUUCCAUCCUAGCGAAAAGCAGCACUGUUUGCAAUCCCAUUAUCUACAUACUUAUGAAUAAGCAGUUUUACAAAUGCUUUCGUCAGCUUUUCCACUGCCAACCUCCUUCCUCCACUGAUGGAGAGCCCACCUGCCACUCUAAGGUAACCGUUAUCCAGCUGAAUCAGAGGACAGACGGCAGAAACGCGUGCAACAACGAACCUCGUCCAGAAACAGACAGUAAAAUGACUUCUCUCCUGCCCCCAGAACCCAGCCUGGAGCCAAUUUCAAAAGCUGUACCACCAAUGUCUUAGGAAGAUUGGCUCUGAUGGAAAGUACAAGCCUUAACCAGAGUGUGUUUCAUUUCACUGCCACAUUACCCAGCUAACCUUAAAAUUAAUAAAGGAAGUUGCCAUUUGUGGGAUAGGAGAACUGCCGAGAGCAAAAAUUGGAACGCUCUUAUAAAUUCCUUAAUAACACUAAAGAUGGCCACACCGCUGCAGGUAUUCAAUAAUGGCAAAAUUUUAAGCAACAUCAUUGAAUUUCCUGUAUAAUAGUUAAUGGAGCACUUAGAAGUGGUAGAGUCUUAGUUCUCAGCGAUCUGUUGAUCAAUGUCCUCCAAAAUUAAUCUAAAAGGCACGCUGGACUAUCUAGUUUAGCUCCUUGCCUUUCCUGCCUUGUUCCAUCCAAUUCAUGUCUUGGGAUUUCAGGUUAGAUUGCUCAUAAAUAUCCAUAAUUUCUGACAGUCCAUUCAAGUUUUCGCUCAUGGUGGACAAUGAUGUUUUAAGGGAGGACAGACAGUGACUCCACAGGCUAAUUUCUGAGUGGUAACAGCUAAUUUACAACACAUCUUUGUGUUGAAGUCUAGGGUCAACAAGACUAAAAGAUGAGCUAAGACAAUGAGUAGAGAUUACCACAUACACAGGUGUCCCUGGGCUACAGAGGCUUAUCUGUCCUGGUGGAAAUGGGACCACUCCUGAGACUUCUAAUCUGGUGCACAUGUCAAACGGCCAAACCUCACUCUGGGGAAAAACAGUGGUCAGUGCCAGUCUUUUUCUCUUUUAGCACCUCUAAUACCCCAGACCCCCAGCCAAAGAGACCAAUGGUGCAGUACAAUCAGCACUCCCAUCCCAACCACCCCUGGGCGAGAUCCCAGGGCAUGCAGGAUUACAUACUCAAUCUACAUGAACUCUACUCUAGGUGGAGGUAGGUCCCUCUACCUAGCUGUCACGGCCCCCAAACUCUCCCUUGGAAUGAUGUGCUUAAGCUGUUUCAUUAAAAAACAGACAGUGGGAUAGCAAUAUAUUAAUGAUGGAAGGCGGGCAAAAAAAAAAACAAACCCCAGCAACCCAAACUCUUUUUGGAAAAAUACUGUUUUCUUUGUAUGAAAUGAGUCCUCACUAAAAUAGGGAAUAAAUGGGUUCAGUUCUGCCCCAUGCCUUAGAGGAUGUGAACCCCGCUCCACAGGGGACAGCCCCAGUGUUGUGGAGCCGUUACUGAAUUCUAAGUUCACAAAAAACCAUGAAUCAACCAUCUUUAAAAGAACACUAGUGGUUUAAACCAUGAGGACAUUUACACAAGUCCAUGUACUAGGAUAUAUUCUGUUUGUAUUCUCUUUACUUUCUAACACCAUGUCUGGCUUGUUUUCCUUAGGUCCCUAAAACAGGGCAGCCAACAGAGCUCCCCGGGCUACAGGUCUCACGUUCCAGUCCAUGUCUUUUAGUACCAUUCUAACUCAAUUUCUCUCUUUGCUUGGUGUUAACAACACUGCAGUGAGUUACUGACACCUGUAACCAGCAGUGUUACCAGUGUAACAAAGUGUGGCAAGCUGUCUAUAUUUUAAUCUACCUCAUAAUUCAGUUUCCCCAUCUUCCCUUUUCUCCCCCAGUUACCUUCAGUGAUUUUUUUUUUUUUUUAAUUACUAAUGGCUUUCUGGCACUUACAUGAUCCCCAAAAUAUUUUUUACAUUACAUUUGAACUUCUGUGUUCUGGAUGCAAUCACAAAGAUAAAGAAGAGGUAUGCACCUGACUGCUUGCUGACUUGACCUUCCUUCUGUUAACCUGUUUUGCUUACCAGUUUUGCUUGCAAAGUCCUACCUUGCUUCUCAUUUGUUAUCCCAUUUGCAAUCUUUACACACCUCUUUCUGUAUUAUCGCUUCCUAGGUUCCUCUUCUGUGGCUGAAUCUCUUUGCAUUUCCUCCUACACAUAUUAACCUGUAGUUUCCAAGUUUACCUCCUUUCCAUGUAUUACCCACAGAGUACAUGCCUAUCUAGUUAUUUCUUUUGCCUGUGUACUUUUCACAUCACUGCCCAAUUCAGCAUCAUCUGCAAGUUUGUUUCGUAUCUCAGCACUGCUCUACAAUCAUCAGCAUCAGUAUGAGUGCAAACCAAAUUCUUUGAUAGCCUGUAAGGUGAAAAAUUUCCAUAUGAUACACUUCAAUAUUUGUCUUUGCUCACAGUCCUUAAGUUAGUUUUCAGUCAAUGGACAAUUACUACACAUAAAACAGCACAGACUUGCUUACACAUGACCUAAGGAGACAUUAAUAAGCAUGAUGAAAUAGUCAUUGUCCCAACACCUAUAGUACGGACAGGAUUAAUCCCACCGAGAUGUUCAUGCCCAUCUCUGACCUAUCUGGUUUAAAGCACUCUUUACAGACAAUGCAGGAGACAGGCAUUUCUAGGGCUCAAUUCAUCUGACUUAUUUUAGAUGUCUACUUUAGGAUGGGAUGAAUUGGUCCUUUCAAGUGUCGUUCCUCUCCAGUGACUAGGCAGAAACUGAAAAUAAGAGUCUGGCUCUUGCUAUCAAGCACCUUCUCCUCCACUCUCCUAGGUCAGAAGCUUUCAGAGCUUUGUGAAAAAAUAACAUCAUUGGCUUUUCCAGGAGCACAGUGAGAAGAAAUGAAAACAAGGUGUGAUUCAUUUGACCAAAUGUGCCCACUGGUGCAGUUACCCACACCUGAGAUAGGUACCACAGCUCCUCUGCUGUCAGCAGAAGAAAGAGGGCACUUCUAGGAAGCAGCACAUGCCUACUCAACCCAGAGUAGACACGUAAAAGUGGAUCAUACAAGGCAUGCCCCAGAAGUUCCUGUUUCUUUCUGUUGACUGUAGGGGACAGCCUGAGUGUCAGCAUGGAUACCUGUACUGCGUAAGUUCUACCUGCGCUCCCAGUGUGGGGUGAAAAUUUCACAUGUUGAGGGGAACACAGGUCUCAUAGCCAUAUUUAAGAGGUGCCUAUUUUUUGCUCUAAUAAGUCUGAGGCUGACUAACACAAAAAUAGACCUGCACCGGAGACAUCUAAAGCUAGGCAGCAUGAGUCCUGCUCUCUGACUGACCUAGCUAUGGACCAUAAACAGAAGUCAAUUUUAUGUGCAAUGAUUAAGCUGAGAGGAGUUGGGGUUUUUUUACACUCAUAAGGAUUAAGGUACAGGAAUAGGAGUGAAAGCAGAGAAUUACAAAGUGUUUAGGGAAGGCCAGAGGACACGCACAACUUAAGAAAAAGUAAAACCUGAAGGGGAAAACCUAUAGGCUAUCUAUAGCACGCAAACAUCAAAAAAGGGUGAAGUACUCUUUAGAAUGAAUGUUGAGAGAAGUCCACGGGGCACAGCGCAAAGUCUGCUUUUCAUCAGUGGGACCUAAAAAUGCUCAGUAAAAACUAGAUUAAUCUAGUCAUAGCAGUAUUACUAUUGUGCCUAGGGGAUUUGGUCAAGAACCUGUUAAGCUCCAGUACAAACCAGUAAAAAUAUUGCCAGUCUGAGUGAUGAUGUUGCCAUGAGAUCUGCAGAGGGGUCUGGAGGAAACUGAGCAGGCAGUUCAGAGUCCCCUCAGAGCAGGGACAACUUUGAAGUUAGAUCAGGUCCCUUUGGGGUCGUGUCCAGCCCAGUCCUGAGUAUCUCCAAGGAUGGAAAUGAAGCUGCUGAAUCCUUUUGGAAGUUUACUGAAGCAUGUGAAAAUAAUAUUGUAGGCAUGACUCUGAAACCAGCAAGCAGGUGUCAAAAUGACCAUCAGACCCAGCCUCUUCCAAGAACCUAUGCUUAAGCUUUAAAACUUUCAGAUCUUAAAUAUCCAAUCUAAAAUCCAUAGUAAGAGAAAAUCAGGGUAUCUGGCACAAUUUUAACUUUGGCAAGCAUGACUGGUACAACCAUACCUUCAAAAUCACAAAUGAAGACAUUUCUGUAUAGGCCACUUUAAUGUAAUUCUAAUACCCUUGCUGGUAUUUCAAAAGUCCCAUUUGGAUUAUAACUGUGAAAAUGGAAAAACGCAAAAUAAUUCUGCCUGUGUGGAGAAAAGCUGUUUUAUAGUAGAUCAUUCAAAGAUGUGCUUUAUGAAUGCUUUAUAGUUGAAUGACAAUGUCCUUGAAUACCAUACUGGGGGAAAAAAAAAAUUUAAAAAUAAGAUUGUGAGCAUAGAGAAACAGUCAACCUGCAAGUUUGUUAAAACAGUACAAUGUUAGAUUCUAAUAAAGUAUUAGGUAUUUCAAAAUAUUAUAUAUUAGUAUUUCGAAAUCCUCAAAAAGGCAUGUUACUUUUUUUUUCCUAUUUGGCAGGUAUCUACGGUGUCAGGAAAUGUUGGGUAUGGCUUAAACUUAGUUCAACUGGCACAGAUAAACUCCUGAGCUUUUCCAAUUUGCACUGAAAACAUUUAAACCAGAAUUAAAUUAAGAUUAAAUUCCUUGCAUGGAUAGUUUAUACAAAUGAACGUAUACUACGUAUUCUAUUCAAAAGGAGAAAAUAUUUUCAAUCUGUUCUUAACAAUUUUAAUGACUCAAGAGGUUGAAUUUCCAUCAUAUAUCUUUUGUACGGUACAAUUAGGCUUUGUGGUUAGCGCACUAAUUUAAAAAGAAUGUUCUCUAGGAAAUAAAAUAUAGUUUAAUAUACCUGAAUACAACAGAUGCUGUAUGAAGGCAUCUAGAAUAAUAAGUGCAACUCAAACAUUCUGCAAGAACUCAGCAUCAUUUUAACAAAAUGUUAGAGAUGCUGAAAACAUUUAAAUACUCAUAAUCUGAUUAUUAUACUCAUAAUGUGUCUCAUUUCACACACACCACAAAUUUAGUCACAGAAGAGCAUUUAGCUAGACACACCAGUAAGUUUAUGUCUGAUAAUGUGUACACUUGAAAGCAUUACAAAUACACAGAAAGCAUUUAGUUUUCGAUAUGUUAGUCUACUUCUAUAGUCUCUAUUUGUCCUCUCUUGAUUGGAUUUCAGGUACCAGAGGAAAAUCUGUCACUCCUUCAAACUGGGCCAAAUGUGCCUCAGUUAUUCUUUGGAACAUAUAGUAAAAAUACCUUUUGCUUUUUAAAAUACUAUGUUUCUAAAAAAGGGUUAUUUUACCUCUGUUUAGUUCAUGAAUUAUGACAAAUACUAACCACAAGAAAACAAUACCUAAAUUUACAGAAAACCAAAUAUUUAUUAAGAAAUUUGUCACCAAAUGGCCCUGUGCCUAAGCUUAAUAAGUCGUGCAAUAUUUGUCAUCUUUGAUGUAUAGAUACUCGUAUUAUAUUGUACACCUAGGAAAUGACGUAUUUAUCACUUAAUGCUAAAUGCAAAAAAACGUACAUUAAUCACAGUAACAUAUACUGCAAUAUGAGCAGAGACUGGAAAAUGCUGACCAAUAAUAUCAUAUCAUUUUAAAUGUAUUUUUCAAAUCUGGGUGAUGCAUUAGAAUAGUAUAGAUUUUCUUAUGUGAUUUGGGGUGCUGUGAGAGGAGAGUUUGCUCUUUUAUCUCUGUAUGUCAGGAAGUAGAGGAUGCUCAAAUUUCAGAGUGCUUUUUAUUAGAAUAAGAAGAAUUUAAUGGUUAGGUAUUUGGAGGUAUUAUUUAUUUGUGUGAUAAUACUUGAACAAAACUGAGCUGAAAAGAGUAAGCGCUAUUCUGUUCACCAACUGCUGGCAAACAGCUGAGUAAGUAACAGUUAUAAAGGCAACUCUUAAUAUGUCGAAUUGUUUCUUUCAGUUCAUGCAAGUGUAUUUUUUCUAAGCAGAGCUGGAGAUCAGCUGCAUUCUUCUAUUCAACAUGCUCUCUGAAGCCAUUUCAAAUUUAAGUUCUUAGUCAUGCAAUGCUCUGCUAAUGUUGCAGUGUAAUGAUGGUCUUGCUUGUACUAUUGUCUCAAUGCAUGCAAAUGAAGAUUAAAAUAAUGUUAUCAAAUAUUAAUGACGCAUAACUGUUAAAUCCGUAAUGUCAACUGUAAAACCUCAAACAAGCCUUUCUUUCUCCCAACAAUAAAGUAAUCUGGGCUUAGUUAUAA